CUACCGUCUAGAGAGAGAAAACAGGCUCGAGCAGAUAGAGAGAGAAAGCAACAAUUUGGAUCAAAAAACCCAAAUUGAACUUCUGUGAUAAACACACACAGUGAGUGAGAGAGAGAGAGAAUCUUAGAUCGGGUCAGCUAUCCAACCCGAAGUCCAGACGAUGCCUUCCCGCAGAAGAGCUCUUCUCAAGGUUAUCAUUCUAGGCGACAGUGGGGUUGGGAAGACCUCGUUGAUGAAUCAAUAUGUGAAUAAGAAGUUUAGCAACCAAUACAAGGCAACGAUCGGGGCAGAUUUCCUUACAAAGGAAGUGCAGUUUGAGGACCGUCUUUUUACUUUACAGAUAUGGGAUACAGCUGGCCAAGAAAGAUUUCAGAGUCUUGGGGUUGCAUUUUACCGUGGUGCUGAUUGUUGUGUGCUUGUUUAUGAUGUCAAUGUGAUGAAAUCAUUCGACAAUCUUAAUAAUUGGAGGGAAGAGUUCUUGAUUCAGGCAAGCCCAACAGAUCCAGAAAAUUUCCCAUUUGUUGUGAUCGGCAACAAGGUUGAUGUUGAUGGUGGAAACAGUAGAGUGGUAUCUGAGAAAAAGGCUAGGGCUUGGUGUGCCUCGAAGGGAAAUAUUCCCUACUUUGAGACUUCUGCCAAAGAAGGUACCAAUGUGGAAGAGGCUUUCCAGAUCAUUGCAAAGAAUGCCCUCAAGAGUGGAGAAGAAGAAGAAAUAUAUUUGCCGGACACAAUUGACGUUGGAAGCAGCAGCCAGCAAAGGUCAACUGGAUGCGAAUGUUGAACGACGUUUAUUAUCUAAAUGUUUCUCAAGAAGGAUAAGAACAAAGUGGUGCUAUCCUUGUGUGUUUUUUGUGUGGUUUUCCAUGUUACAUAUGUACACUAGUGUUUUGAUUGUGUAGUGAACUCCCUUCAUUGAACUUUUUUGCUUGGGCACUGUGAACGUGAUGUACUUUGUUAUAUAGUAUUCUUCCAGUACAUUAAUAACCGUGAACAAUUUUCUACGUGAAACUCUUGCUUGUGAGGACUUGCAAGAUUCUUUGGUAA